AGCGGCCCUUUAACUGCCCGGCUGCAGGCUGCAGUGAGCCGGAUUCCACCACUAGAGUUCUCCCUGCGGCUCCAGGCAGCUCGGCUCGUCUGUAUUUACCUCCCAGCACACCGAGCCGGACACACGCAUACCUCCACCCGCCGGACGGAGGAACACGGAUGUAAACUGGCCGGACCCUGCGGUCACCCCGAGGCGGAGCUGAGAUGAACAAGGAAAUCAUGUCCCGCGUGGUGAAGAAGAGGCAGGCCGACCCCAAGGUGGUCCAAUACGUCUGGGCGUCUAUCGAGGUCAUCCGCAACCAGAAGCAGAUCGCCAACAUGGACAGGAUCUCCAAGUACCUGAGCCGAGUGUUCGGCAUGCACCCGAAGGAGACGGCCAGACAGCUGAGCCUGGCCGUGAAGGACGGCCUGGUGGUGGAGACGCUGACCGUCGGCUGUAAAGGCUCCAAGGCCGGCAUCGAGCAGGAGGGCUACUGGCUGCCUGGAGACGAGAUGGAGCCGAAAGCCGAGGGAAGCAAGGACUGGGAGGCCGAGAGCCACGACUGGUACUGCUUCGAGUGUCACCUGCCCGGCGACGUCCUCACCUGCGACAACUGCUUCCGGGUUUAUCAUCUCAAGUGUCUGUCGGAGGAGUGUAAGCCCCGAGACGGAGGCUCUCACUGGCAGUGUGUGGCCUGCAGGGGGAGUAAAAAGAAGAACCUGAACAAACAGGAGAUGAGUAAAUACCUGCGCUUCAUCGUCCAGCGGAUGAAGGAGAGGGCCGUGGACCUGAACAAAAAAGGCAAAGACACUAAACAUCCGAUGUACCGACGGCUGAUCCACACCGCUCUGGACGUCACCAACAUCCAGGAGAAUCUGUCUGAAGGAAAAUAUAAAAGCUUCGAGGAGUUUAAAGCAGACACUCAGCUGAUUGUGCACAACACUGCCAUCCUGUACGGAGUCCACAGUGACCAGGCGGAGAUCGCUCGGCUGCUCUUCAGCGACACGUGUCACGAGCUGAAUGAGCUGCUGCUGUGUAAGAACUGUUUCUACCUGUCCAACGCUCGACCCGACAACUGGUUCUGUUACCCCUGUAGUCCCAGCCACGACCUGGUCUGGGCCAAGAUGAAGGGCUUCGGCUACUGGCCAGCCAAGGUGCUCCAGAGGGAGGACAACCAGGUGGACGUCCGCUUCUUUGGACACCAGCACCAGAGAGCCUGGAUCCCAUCAGACAACAUCCAGGACAUCAAGGUAAGCGUCCAGCAGCUGCAAGUGAAGAGAAGCAAUGGCUGGAAGAAGGCCUGCGAGGAGCUGGAGGUCUACCAGCGCUUCCUGAGAGAGGGACGCUUCUGGAAGACCAAGAUGGAGGACGGCAGCCAGAUGCUCCAGCAGAACCAGAACCAGAACCAGAACCAGAACCAGCAGGAGGGGGGCAGCAGCAGGACAGAGAGGCUGGAGCGGACCGACGAAGCCGAGUCCAGCAUCUCGUCCACCAGCAACGAGCAGGUCCGCCAUCUCAAAGGAAGCCAGGAGCCCAAAGCGAAGAAGAGCCGCCGGACUCAGAUCGUGGAGCCCAAAGAGGAAGUCAGUGACCCAGAGCCGGAGAUGGAGGCCGUCAGCUCCAGUCAGGAGAUCUCGGUGUCGUCAGCGCCGCAGCAGCCGGAGAAGCUGUCGGUGUCGACGCAGACCAAGAAGGCGAGCGGAGGGUCGCCGAGGACGCUGCACCGCGGGACCCAGACCAGCAGCGACGGCGCCUGCCAGAACAUGUGCCAUGAGAAAUACACCAAGGUGUUCAACGACGUCAAGGAGAUGAUGAAGGCCGACAACAAGAGAGAGACGGAGAGGGUGGUCAGGGAAGCUCUGGAGAAGCUGCGAGCGGAGAUGGAGGAGGAGAAGCGUCAGGCGGUCAGCAAGGCGGUGGCCGGAGCUCAGGCCGAGAUGGAGCGUAAAUGUAAGCAGGUGAAGGAGAAAUGUAAAGAGGAGCUGGUGGAGGAGGUGAAGAAGCUGGUGGCCCAACACAAGCAGCUCAUCUCCCAGACCAAGAAGAAGCAGUGGUGCUAUAACUGUGAGGAGGAGGCCAUGUACCACUGCUGCUGGAACACCUCGUACUGCUCCAUUAAGUGCCAGCAGGAACACUGGCACGCCGACCACAAACGGACCUGCCGCAGGAAGAGAUGAACAAGCCCCGCCCCCUCGGACCUCACACGGCACGCCAUUGGCUCCCGCCAUCUCCGCCUCCUAUCAGUCAGUCAGUGUCAAACACCAACCUGCUUCUCACCUGCCUUCCUGAACUCUCUGGACGUUCCUCCGGCUGAGGAGCGACUCGUUCCUUCUGUUCUUUAUUUAACGUCGGUUCUCUGGAAUGCAGAGUUCCGCUAUGAUUUCUGUGUUGUUGUUUUUUUACUUUUUCUUUCCUGAAGUGCUAAUUUUGUGUCAGAAUGUGUUAUUUAAGUGUGUAGGAAGCGAUGAGCAUUAACUGAAAACAUUUUAUUACCUGGAUUUUUAAAGUAACUUUUUUCUUAUUGUAAAUGCGGUGGAAGUCUGAGCAGCUCUGCUUUCGUAGAGAAAAACAUUUUAAGAAAAACUACAAAAAAAAACAAGCAGCUGAGUGGUGGAUGACGACUUUCUGUGAUUAUCUUCAUGGAUCUGUUGCGGCGAAUCGCACUUUCUCUGGUUUCUACCUAAAAUCUGAAGUCACUUAUUGGGAACAGGGUCAGUCGGCUGAAGAGAUGCCGACGCACAAAUCUUCUACUAGAACCGACAGUAGAACACAGUCCGGGUUGUUUAUCGACUGUUUUUAUGAGUCCCACGUGAAAUAAGGAGGUUUGUAAUGAAACUGAGCUGGAUCUUAGAGGUUUUUUUAUUUCUCCUUAACGACCCAAACACUUGUAAAAUUGCCAAAAAGUUUCCUGAGAUCCUGACCGGGCGGCUCGUCCUCCUCGUCCUGCAGCGUAGCGUCGGAGUUUAUCCCCGUGGUUCUUCUAGUGGAGCUCCUCUCAUGUUUCUUUUCUCCUCCUGAGGCUUCAUGCAUGUCGUAGAGUCGCCGUCUGUCUUCAUCAAACAGAAGAACCAGGAGCCUGAGGACGAGAAACUUUACGCAAACGUGACGAUGGGACGCGUCUACUUCUGGAUGUGUAGCUAAGUAUCGGUGCUGGGCUUUGGUGUUUAAUCAGGCGAUGAAAUUGCCGUUUUUCUCUUUUGUUUCUUUGAGAAGUUUGUCAACUGUUUCAUCAGUGAUGAAAAUGGACUGAACGACGCGUUGCCUUUUUACCUGCUAAAAUAAAACGCCGUAGAUUCUCACAUCGUGGGUAGACACUCCACAUUUAAAGAGCUUUUUUUUCUGCUGUAAUUGAAAACUCAGCUCAACUUAAACAGUGAGGCAUCCAGUCAGUCGGUCCGGCUGGAAAAAGACGUCAUUCCUGUUUUAUCAGGCUCAUUUUAGAGCCAUUUUACCGCCUAAACAGCAGCAGAAUUGCUCUAAGAUGACCCUUUUCCUUCUAAAUGACUGCAGAACCAUGUUAAUGUUCCUGAGGGCUCAGGUUGAAGGAUAUCUGGAGAUCCUAGAACUUCUGGCUCCUUCGGUGGAAAACAUCCUGAAAUCUAAAGUGACCCUUUUCCUUCUAACGAUUCGGUUUUUACCAGUUAAUAAAUUCAUCUUUUACUUCUACGUUAAUGUCAGAAAAUCUAGAAAACAUCAAGACUUCAGACGUCUCUUCAUCUUCAAAGUGCCUGUUUAGUUUAACCGAGAAACAAGCUAAAGACUUUAGCUUCAUAAGUUGAUUUAUUUUUGUGUGGAGCUGUUUUUCGUUUAUCUGGACGAGUUUUCAUGUAAAAAAAUCGACGCUGAGUUUCAUUAACAGCAACUGAAAGCUGCAGUUUUUCUUCCUUUAGUCAACACAUCUCAAAAACCUACAGGUUCAGGCGCUAAAUGUCUAAAUAUUCUCCUCAGUCUGACGUUUGUUUUUAAGGAGGGUUCCGUAGUUUUUAUCAGCUUUUAUGUUCUACUCUAAGGCACAUUUUGAAGUGUUGAGUCAGUAAAAGUUAGUGGAGGAAGUUUUUACGCUGACUUGAGUUGAUUCUUAACUGAGGAAGUAAAACUUGAAGACCUCUUUCGGUUUUUCUGUCGUAGACGGACAAAGUUUGGUUUUAUCUUUGAGAUUUGUUCUGUUAGCAAACUGUCUGAGAGUUCAGGAAACACCCGGAUGCUUGUUUCACACUAAAGAGGGUCAAAGUUUACGGCGCUUCAUUUUGAGAAAAUCUGUCUCAGUUGGGCUUCGACUUUUCAGCUGUUUUCCAAGUUCUAAAGUCUCCAGAUGUCCUCUACGUAUCAGACAGGAUCGAACCCUGUGCUGCCGUCGGACUUCCUGCCUUUAAAGGAAGCAGCAGCUGGAUGCGGAUCGGACUGUAGAACCAUGUUAAUGUGAACGGUCCUGAGGGAUCAGGAUAUCUGGAGAUCUUAGAACCUCUGGCUGAGUUUGGUCUAAAACAUGAAAUCAGGUUCCAGCUGUUUAUGAUGGAUGAAAGGUUUGGAUGACAGAGAAUCUCCUGUUUGGGGAAUCGUUCUGUCCUCAUGGAUCAACACUCAGACUGAAAGGUUUUUUUUGUCUUUAUUUACAUUUUCUGUGACAAUUCAACGGCAGCAACGAACCCACACCGACAUUUCUUUGAGGCCUCGACUUCCUGUUUUUAACCCUUUGAUGCGCUGUGUGGGUCAGGAGAUAACCAUUUUCUAUUGGAUUUGGGUCACUUUUGACCCAUUUUAUGCAUCAAAGUGUUAAAGGAAGCAGCAGCUGGUUGAAGGAUAUCUGGAGAUUUUAGAACGUCCGGCUGAGUUUGGGCUCCUGCGGUGUAAAACAUGAAAUCAGACUCGGUUCCAGCUCUGUUUAUGAUGGAUAAAAGGCUUGGAGGAUGGAAAAUCUGGUAUUUUAAGAAGCGUUCUGUCCUCGUGGGAUUCAUGACCUUGGUUUUAUUCAGGCUUCUUCUGACGCCGACAGUUUUUUUCUUUUUUGGUCUUUAUUUGCGUUUUCUGCGACAUUUCAGUUUGCUGAACAUUCGUAUGGAAACACGGGGAGUGUAGCGUACGGCAGCAGCGAACCCAAACCGAUGUUUCUUCCUGUUUUUAAAGGAAGCAGCAGCUGGUUGAAGGACAUCUGGAGAUUUUAGAAUUUCCGGCUGAAAUCAAAGCUCCUCCUGCUCUUUUAAUGAUGAAUUGAAGGUUUGGAAUCUCGUUUUUUGAGCGUUUGCUGGACCUCGUGGUGAAAUGACUAAAAAUGUGUCGUAGCUCCGAUUAAAGCGGUGGAUGUUCCUGGAGUUGGUUGAUAAUCAGAAGAACCCAGAGAUGUUUUCUAUAUAUAUAUGUAGUCUUUGUAGGAGAGCUGCCCACUAUCAAAGAAUUUGCUUUAUUUCCAGACUUUAAAAGUUCUCAGUGUUCCUUUGUGAGCUCCCGGAAGACGCUGACGUUCCUCCUGUUCUUCCUGGUUCCAUGUUCUCGUCGUGUCUGAGUUCUCCUCUGAAGGUCAAACUUCUUCUCUUCUUCGUUGCACUACAUGUAAAUAAACUUCAUGUUUUCUGUACAUUGUAAAUGGAUUCUCAGAUCUCCACUUGUUUUUUUGCAGUUCUCUGGACGACUGUUAGUUCUAGUUUUGUACAAACUUUUCUCAUAUUGGCUCUUUGUGUCGCUUGUUUUCCCGUUUUCCUUUCAGGGUUUUUUUAGCUUCUGGUUUUAUCUUCGUCCAUCGGGCCGCUGAGCUUUUCUUUGGCUUUUUCUCGCCGCUGUGUGUUUUUACCUGCAUGAGUAAAGCUGUUUGUGUCUCCGGCUGCUUUUCUUUCUGCUUUCUUCUAAUCAUAUAAAGGAGGAAAUGCAUAGCUGCACUUCCUCAGCAAUACGACAGUGACGCUUCUCUGGUCUUCUGGAGCUUCUGUCGAGCUCGUUUCACGUCAUGGAGGAAACGUGAGGAAGUGGACGGACGGCGAGUGACUUUCACGGCUCUUAUUUCAGUACGUGAUACUGCGAGUACUACAUGAAUCCUUAGAGUACUCGUACCAGGAAUAAAGUCGCUGUGAAGCUUCAUCAUGUUCUUCUGUUCUGUCCAUAUGUAAACUAUUAAUCGUGGCUUAACAUUUUCUAUGCUCCGACCUUUUUGUUUUGGUUUUUUUUGACACUUUAGCUAGCAAUAUGUAUAUAAAUAUAUUCUAUGUGCUAACAUGGAGGAAAUAAAUGUAUCAACAAGA